UGCUGCACCUGUUGACUUUUGUUUGGUAAGACGGAACCUGCGGAGAACACACACCUGUAGAUACACACCUGAACGAAACAUACCUGUAGAAACCCACCUGCGAACCGUGUUGAGACAGUCAGAUAGCAGAGCCGGACCGGAUGGACAAACUGAAGAAGGUUCUGAGCGGAAACGAUGACGGAAACACCGACGGGACCGGAAUCAUAGAGAGAGCCAAUGAGGCGUCCACGCUGGCCUGGGGGACGAGGGUGAAGGGCUUCAUCGUCUGCUUCGUGCUGGGCGUCUUCUGCUCCAUCCUGCCUCUUUUGUCUUCCUGGCUGUAUCCAAGCUGUCUGCUGUGGGUCCCAGUUGUUGGUCUUGCUGUGUUCGCUGUCCUCUACAGUGUGGGAAACAUCUGCGCUCUGGCCAGCACCUUGUUUCUGAUUGGUCCGUGUCGACAGCUGAAGACCAUGUGUGCUAAAGAGAGGGCCUUUGCCACCGCCAUCAUGCUGGUGUGUCUGGUCCUGACUCUGUGUUCUGCGUUCUGGUGGAAGAACAACGGUCUGGCUCUCCUCUUCUGUGUCCUUCAGUUUCUGGCCUUCACCUGGUACGGACUGUCAUACAUCCCCUUCGCCAGAGACGGAAUCAUCAAAUUAUGUUCGAUGUGUCUCUGAAGUCCCGCCCCUCUGUCUGUCUGACCAGUCAGGAUGCUGCGAGGGGUGUAUCAAUCGGCAGCUGAUCGAAGGCCUUUAAACAUUUCAACCUCCAAAAUCUACAAACUCAGGUGUCGGUUUCCAUGGAGACAGGUUACCUUGUGUUAACCACUGUUAGCUGUUAGCAUGUUAGCCUGUUAACUGUUAGCAAGUUAAUUGUUAAUUGUUAUCUUUUAACUGUUAGCUGUUAGCAUGGUAACUGUUAUCUUUUAACUGUAACUUUCAAUUGUUACUCAUUAGCAUUUUAACUGUAACUUUCAAUUGUUACCUGUUAACAUUUUAACUGUACAUUUUAGCUGUUAGCAUGGUAACUGUUAGCUUAUGGCAUGGUAACUGUUAUCCUUUAACUGUAACUUUCAAUUGUUACCCGUUAGCAUUUUAACUGUACAUUUUAGCUGUUAGCAUGGUAACUGUUAGCUUAUGGCAUGGUAACUGUUAUCCUUUAACUGUAACUUUCAGUUGUUACCUGUUUAACUGUACAUAUUAGCUGUAGCAUGGUAACUGUUCACAUUUGCCUGUUCGCAGGUAGCAUGUUAGCUGUUAGCAUGUUAACUUUUAACUGUUAACAUUUAAAUGUUGGCUGUUAACUAUUAAUCAUUAGUUGUUAGUAUGUUCACUGUCAACUCACGCAUUUUAAUUGUUAGCAUGUUAAAUGUUAACUUUUUACUGUUAGUUGUUCGCUGUUAACUGUUAGCAUGUUAAUUGUUUAUUGUUAGCAUUGUAACUGUUGCCAUGAUAACGGUUAGCUGUUAGCUGUAAGCUUUCAGCAUGGUAACUGUUAACUCUUACCUGUUAGCUUUUAGUAUGUUAACUGGUAGCUUUUAGCAUGUUAGCUGUUAGCCUGUUAACUGGUAGCUGUUAGCAUGCUAGCUGUGCGCCUGUUGACUGAUACAAUAAGCUGUUAGCAUGUUAACUGCUACCUGUUAGCAUGUUAACUGGUAACCGUUAACCGUUAACUGUUCACAUGCUAACAGCCAGGUGAUAACAGUCAACCGUUAGCACGGUAACUGUUAACUUUUAAUUGUUGCAGUGUUUCCCAUACAUUCAUUUAUUUGUGGCGGUGCGCCACGAAUAAAUUAUCUCCGCCACAUAUAGAUUUUUAUGCUUUUGGCGCUACCUGUUCGACCUCGCUCAUAAACACAUUAUAAUG